AUGGCUUCUGGAAUCGAAGUCACAGGCCUACCUAAGAGCAUUCAGGACCUCAUCGAAGUCACGCGACAGAUCGAUUUUCGAUACCUUUGGCUGGAUGCUUUCUGCAUCGUCCAAGAUGACGAGGACGAUAAAAACAAUCAAUUUGACUCAAUUGUAGACUUUUACAAGCAAGCAGACGUUCUAAUUUCAGCCGCAGGUGCUUCGGACUGUGACGAGGGAUUUCUACAAUCCAGAACAGUUGAUCGGUGUUACGGCUCGAUCUUUGAGUUACCUUACGAAUGGAAAAUUGAUGACCGCGAGACUCAAGGAUUCUUGCUCUUAUCGGAAAUGGACUUGAACGGUUCGACUGACAAUGAUCCUGUGCAUAACAGAAUUUGGACAUUUCAGGAACAUCUCGUGUCAUCGCGGAUCAUCAGCUUUGGCUCUCGACAGAUCAAGUGGUCAUGUCAGCAAGAAAAGAGUUUUGUCGAUGGUGGCAAUUAUUACGGAAUGCAAGAUGAUCUUGAGGAUAACCUCAACAAAGCAUUUUCCCCAUCUCGAUAUUCCUCCAAGACUUUUAUGGAAAAAGACUUCAGGGUUUGGAGUUGGAUGGUGAUCGUUGAGGAAUAUUCAAAGCGUGACUACUCCCGUCUGGAAGACAGGAUCCCGGCGUUCUAUGAAGCCAUGUCACUUUUAGCACCCCGCAUGGGCUGGACAAGAGAUCAGUGUGUUUAUGGGAUAUGGAAAACUGACGCCAGCCGUCAACUUCUGUGGAAGAAAGACGAGACUCUGAGUACUCAAGAGUUUGAGGAACUCCAAGCUUCUGCAAAGGAUGGACAACUUGGACCAUCGUGGUCUUGGGCGACAUUACCUGGCGGAGUUAUCUAUGAUAUCCGCUCACAGCUUCGCAAACUGGGCGAUACUAAUCCGACAAUCGAAUUCCAGGAGAUUGAUGGUCAACCACCAUGGCUCACGAUAGAGGCUUUUGUUCGGGAAGCUGACUGGAUUGAGAAUUAUGCAGUCGAAGGACCAGCCGAGGAUGUACUGCUCUUUAACGUUGAUCUGGAUGUUGAAACGCCACCACAGCCAGUACUUUUGCUUGAUUUGUCCAGAUCCCGUGCAUCACCAUUCAGUAUGGGGUUGGUUCUAGUAAAGGUUGCAGGAUAUCUGAUGCGUUUUCAAAGGUGUGGCCGCUUUGAGGCUAUUGAAGAUAACCCAAAUGGAUCGCCUGUUCUCUUCUCAAAUAAAGCUAGAUCAUUCAAGACAAUUACAAUAAUCUAG